GAAACAUUCAUGAUUUCAUGUAGGUAAGUAGCUGCGCCUAGAUUCAAGACUUUUUAGAAUCGUAGAAUUAGAAGAAGAAUUAGGUUGUGAUUGUGGGGUUAUGUCAUGUCUUUUCAAAAUGUUUUCUUCCAGGAUUUUGCGAUUUAACAAAUUAAACACCCUUUCAGUACAAUUUUCACAUUUACAUAUUCAUAGAACAGCCAACAAUACCGUUUCAAUACCCCUACCUCUAGUAGAAAAAAUUAAUAAUUACAAUCCUUGGAUAUGGAAACGAAAUGAAAAUAUCGGUUUACCUAUGAGUAAAAAUGCGAACCUAAAUGUCGAGUUACCAAAUGGAUUAAAAUAUAUUUUACCACUAAUUGAUCCCGUUGCAAAUGAAGAGAUUGAAGCUCCAGCAGUGGAUGAUAGCAUAGAAAAAGAAGCUGUUACAAUGAUAGUAAUUAGGAGAAAGAAAAUGAAGAAACAUAAAUUAAAGAAGUUAAGAAAAAGAAUGAAAUUUGAAUGGGCAAAGAAAAGACAGCGAAGAGAAUUGAAGAAAGAAAAAGAAUUUCAAGCCCAACUGAUUGCACAGUACACAGAAGCUGAAGCAUUUUCUGCUGAAGAAUAUGUUGCUGAAAAAAUAAAUAAAUACAAGGCACUCAUAUCUGAACAAAUCGAGAUGCCUAAAUUUCAUAUGAGUACUGUUAAAAGUAAAUAAAUCAUUAUAGUUAUAUAACAUUUUUUUCUUCUUCUAUAUACUGGUUUUGGUAAUGAUUAAAUAAAUAAUUGGAUUAAAAGUAGGGGAACAUUAUUUUUAUUUGUUUAUUGGGUUUAAAAAUUCUUUUAAUUAAAGAAAUUCAAUGUAGGUAGAACACUUGUUUUCAAAAUAAAUAAAACUGGACAAAUAUUAAAAAUGAAAAAAAAAAACAAACUUCAAAAUCAUGCAGAUGUCAUCACCACAUCUUAACCAAAUUUAUACGGGACCACCCCUGAGGUACCCUCUUAUUAACAAAAAAAGAAUCAUAGAAAUCAGACAAGGUGG